AUUUAACAAAAACCACAACAGUUUGGCGCGGUUAAACGGUGUAGCUGACCAAGUCAACUCUGUAUCGGUGAAGUACGCAUAACAGAGACUCCUUAGACUUAUAUACAUUGAUCUCAACUACUUGAUAGUUGAGAAGACGCAGACAUACAACAAACAAAUGGCAGAACGACCAGAAGACUUAAAUUUGCCAAACUCAAUAGUGGCAAGAAUUAUAAAAGAUUCGUUACCAGAAGGUGUAAAUGUUUCAAAAGAAGCCAGAACUGCCAUUGCUAAAGCUGCCUCAGUCUUUGUUCUGUAUUGUACAUCUUGCUCCAACAACCUGGCCAUGAGAGCUAACAGAAAGAUUAUUAGUGGUCAAGAUGUGCUGGGAGCCAUGGCUGACAUGGAGUUUGAAAAAUUCAUUGAACCUCUACAAGCCUCACUUGAAGUUUACAAGAAGGUGCAGAAAGAACGGAAAGAGGCUGUCGCUAAGCGGAAACAAGAAAAAUCUGAUAAGAAACCAGAGGAUGUUGAAGAGGCAUCAGAUGAGGGUGGAGAGAAUGAAAAGGAAAAUGAAGAUGAAGAUGGGAAUGAAUCUUCCUGACAAAUUACUCGUAAAUUUUGUAUUUGUACGGAAAUUAAAAAAAGAGCGAUGCGAAAGAAAA